AUGGAAAUGGUGUGCGACAGCAAACUGGUUGAUAUGAGCCUAGAUGAAAUCAUUAAACUGAACAGAAGGACUCGGCAAGUAGUUGGGAAUAAAGCAGGGGGUUAUGAUGGUAGAUUGGCAGUGAGGUCGGCGGCUGGAGCUUCACCAGCAAGACCACCGACACACAAGAUGUACCGGCAACACCGACGUCACCAAAAGGCCAUCGUUCGAAGCCAGCAGUUGAAUCAAGGAAAAGGUCUGCUUAUUCCCCAACAGCGCUUGGCCUGCAUCAAGACGGCCAGAUACAGGUCAAGGCGGGAAAUCCAAUCUGUCAAUCAACAUUUCGUUGGCCAUGAAGCACAAGUUCGAGCCACAUUCACACCUGGCCGAACAGUGCAGACGUGCAACAAAAUACCGCUAUACGUCUACCAACAAUACCUAGCUCAGGCUAGUGCCCUGAUUCGGGCGCAGCAAGAAUGCCUCGACGAUGACUCAUUGUAUGUGGACGUGCCAGUACGCAGUCGUAGAUUCUGGCGAAAUGCUGGUCGCGGUCGUUUCAGACGUUAG